CUCAGAGGACGUCAAAACGGCAAUGGGAUGAUCACGAGGAUUAUUUUGGAUCCGUGGUGGGAGCACUGAAGAUAACACAAAGGAUCAGACCGCUGACACAGGUCACAUAUGGUUACCAGGUGUGUGUCUGGAAUGUGUGCAGGAUGAGCAGCACGUUUGUUACAUUAGCUGAAGUACUGGAGGCGCGAGGGGGACCUCUGCUGGAGGAGGAGGUCUGGUCUCUGCUCCUCGGCACUGCGGAGUCUUUAGUGGAUGUCUCAUACAUGGGUCAGAACAAUAUGUGUUAUAUCAUAAGUCCCACCUCCUUGCUGCUGUCAGCCACUGGUACCUUAGCAUUUAAGAAUUGUGGCCUAUCAGAUGAUGUAUCAACCUUCACGGCUCCAGAGAUGCUGCAGGGCCGUGCCAGCUCAACCAAACCUGCCAUAGAGAGGAUGCUGGUGUAUUCACUGGGUAUGACUCUCUACUGGUCAGUUGAUUUUCAACUACCUCAAAAUCAGCCAGUCCAGUUGAGUGACCAUCUAAACAGCCUUCUGCUCUGCAUGUGUGAGGACUUGGCACAUCGCAGGGUGACUCUCAACGCCAUCCUGGAAGCCUGCGAUUGUCAGCACAAAGCCACCGUCCUGCCGUCACCCACCAAAGUCAUCAAACAGCUGGUGGAGGAGGUUUUUCAUGAAUCGAUGGACCAUGGCUCUUCGCCUGAUAUCCAUGUUCCUUUGGGUGGCAGGAGCCAGAUGAUUCGAGAGAGACUACACGGAAGGAGAGGGCCACUUUCAGACUUCGGUGAAGGCAGCGGUGAAGGGAGAAGAUUCUCUACAGACUCUGACUCAAAGUCAGGGAGUCUACCUCAGAGACCUUGGAAACAAAGGCCACGGAGCUCUCCCACACCGAUGUACCAAUCCUCGUUGGACCGACUGCCCCGUGGGGUUCGUCACAGGGACAGCAACUGCAGUUGGCUUGGUAGGAGCCCCCAGCACGAUAUCUCUCCUAAGGCAUCGGGCAGAUCUCACAGUCCCUCCAUAUCCUUCAGCGAGUCCUCGCUCAGCCUCAGCAAUAGGAAGGCUAAGGCGUUGGGUCCAGAAUUCGUCAGAAUGUCAGACGAACAACAAAUUGUUCUUGAGCUUCCGGGAUCCAUCGUGUCCAGAAAGGGCCGUUCGUGUUCGUCUCAGAGAGAGGUGACUGUCGUGCUGCCUAGCGGACAGUACGUGGUGGUUCGCUGUGACAUUAAGUCCAAAGCAAGAGAUGUGUUUGACAUGGUGGUGGCUCACGCAAACUUGGUAGAACACUUCUACUUUGGUCUUGCCUUUAUAGAUGAUGAUGAAUAUUUUUUCUUGGAUAAUGAAACAAAAAUCUCCAAAAUUGCACCUGACAGUUGGAAGAAAGGGCAGAUAGCCUCCUUCUUGGUGUUUCUUCGAGUCAAAUUUUUCGUUGAUGAUAUGUCCUUUGUUCUGCACAGACUGACCCGGCAUCAGUACUACUUACAGCUCCGGAGGGAUCUCCUGGAGGACCGGAUCCACUGUAACGAGGAGACAGGCUUGUUUCUGGCUGCUCUUGCUCUGCAGGCUGAGUUUGGGGAUUACAUGCAGGAGCUCUAUGGGAAGAAUUACUACCAGCCAGAGCAUUAUGUGUCCAAGAGAAUGCUAGAGAAGCUGGCGCUGCCCAAUGUCAAGGAGGAGUUACCAAGACUUCAUGCAAGUCAUGCUCAGAUCCUGCCCGAGGAGGCUGAAACAGAGUACCUAAAGAUUGCCCAGCAGUUACCGGAGUACGGGGUCAUGUUCCACCGUGUGGGGAGAGAAAAAAGGCUGGCGGCGGGAGAGAUGGUUUUGGGAAUCUGUGCCAAAGGAAUCAUUGUGUACGAGAUGAAAAACCACCUGCGGUCUGUCAUCAGACGCUUUCUCUGGAGGGAAACCGACACCAUAUCCACUGGGCGGCGUAAACUGGUCAUAGAGUGCGGAGGGCCCAGUGGGAAGAAGCACAGCUUUAUAACCGAAAGCUCAAAAAUAGCACAGUACCUACUGAACCUCUGCUCGGCGCAGCACAAGUUUCACAGCGAGAUGACAUCACGACAACUCAACCACACCAUGAUAUCAGAUGAAAGCAUGGAUAAGUACAUGUCCGCCUACCGGGAUCGUAACCUGAGUCUGAAGCGAAUUUCCUGCUCAGAGGGCAUGUUGAACCACGUCGGUUUGACACCCGGUCAACCGGACUCCCUCUCCAAGUCCUGUGAAAACCUCACUGACAAGCUGGAGGCGAGGCUGCGCCAGCAGAGGGAGAUGAGGAGGGAGAUAAGCAGAGAGCUCAACAAGGAGCUCACUGAAACGGGAGAGCUAAGGGAUGUAAAAGAGCGACAGUGCUGGAGCACCCCCGAGUUGAUUCCCAGAAUGAUGUCCAGUGUCUCGCUUCACAAGCAGGACUCUGACGCCUCGUCCUCCAUUCGAGUUGAUACACCAACCAGGACCCCGCCAGAGAGAGAGAUAGUCUGUGUGAACCUGAAGAAAGAUCCAAAACUGGGCUUUGGCUUUGUGAUAGUUGGCGAGGACAACACCGGUAAACUUGACCUCGGGAUCUUCAUUGCCUCCAUUGUGCCUGACGGGCCGGCGGACAAGGACGGACGAAUCAAACCCGGGGGACGUCUCAUUUCCCUGAACAAGACCAGUUUGGAAGGAGUGACAUUCAGUGACGCCGCUGCCAUCCUACAGAGCAGCCCUGAAGUAGUAGAGCUCAUUGUGUCCCAGCCUAGACAGUCUUUGAAAGACCGCGCGAGGUCCCUGAGUCAAAGCACUCUCGGUCUGGCGUUGGAGAGGAGCUUUGGUUCGCAGACCACUCUGAGCGGCACCGAGUAUCGUCCUGUGGUGGAGGAACUGGAGGAGGCCAUCAGUCUGUCCAGCUUGGCAACCACCCCAAAACAUAGCAGGAGGCUACACAUUCCUGUUGUGAGAAUACAUGACGCACAGGAUAAGUGUUCCAGGUCCCCCUCUAUCUUGAGUUUGAAAAGUGGCGAGCGGUUUGCAAUGGAGCUUAGGAAAAGCAGUGGUAGUCUCGGCAUCAGUGUCGCUGGAGGAAUAAACACCAACGUGCGUUAUGGAGGAAUCUACAUCAAGAGCUUGGUGCUUGGAGGUGCUGCAGAGCAGGACAGGCGCAUUCAGAUUGGUGACAGACUGCUGGAGGUCGAUGGGUUCAACCUGAGGGCCGUGACUCACAACCAAGCUGUAGAGUGUCUGAAGAGGACGGGGGAGGUGGUGAACCUGCUGUUGGAGAGGGAGCCCACAGUAAUCUUGGAGAGCAGACCUGACUCGCCCUGCCCCCUCCUGACCCAGAGUUCAUCACAUACACAGCCCCCCAUGUCUGAAGUCUCCAUGGAAACGACCUUGAGUGGCCGAGCCAAGGACUACAGCUUUGUGACUGAUGACAACACUCUUGAAGUGGUGCUGAAGAAGAGUUUGUCUGGCCUCGGCUUCAGCUUCAACAUAUCGCAUCUGCACUCGGGGCCCGACCGCGGCAGUGUGGUCCGCAUCAAGCGCCUGUUCCCAGGUCAGCCAGCGAUAGAGAGCGGGCUGCUACGAGAGGGAGACGUCAUCCUGUCUGUCAACAAGGAGCCUGUCAGAGACCUCUCAUACCAGAGAGUUUUGUUCCUGCUGCGUGGAGCUCCAUCCGAAGUUAAUCUUCGGAUCUGUCGACCAGGUCCUGGAGUGCUGUAUGAUAUAGAUGACAACACACUGAGUCCUGCCUUCUUCCGCGAGGUGCGAUCUCAGUCGCUGGACAUCCGACUAGGAGAUGACUACAGCCAGCUCCUUAAAUUCCAGUAUGAUCGCAAACUACCCGCCCAGACGCAGGCCCCCACCCAUGAGCAAGACCUGACAAAGCCAGCAGAGGAAAGCCCAGGUCCUCAUGCAGCUGCAGGACCUCCGGAGACCCGGAAGAAUCUCGACGGUAAAGUGCGGGCCAACCAGACUCCCCCAUCUCGUCCACGCUCACCCCCGUCACCCACUUCACCCACAUCACCUCCGUCACCGGUCUCGCCGGCCUCACCCGUCUCACCCACCUGUGGCUCUCCACCAUCUCCACCAGAGUCACAGCCAAGCACAGCGAAACCAGAGGGACGACAGGAAGUAGAGGCGAAGAAGAAGAAGAACAAGGCCGGGGAAGAGGAGGUUGCAACAACAACGGGCUCUAAUGUGAUGCUUUUGGACAUCUGUCCUAAGGCUGGCUCAAACGCAUAUGCAAGCGGAGUCAGGGAGGAGGCGGAUGGAAGUGUGACUUACUGCCUGAUGGGAAAUGGACUGACUAUCAUGGCAGAUGAGGAGUACCUGACCAUCAGCUCCACACUGGAGCCUGCUCACAGCCUUCCCUCCAGCCUGGCCGCUCACACUCCACCAACUAACCUCACAGGCGUCCACUCUCAAACCUCCAACAUCUCCACAAGUUCCAGCGCUCAGAAUCCAAGCCUUGGCGCACGGUUCCCCGCCAGCGCCGUCUUGCCCCCCGGCCUCUCGUCUGACACCCCGACCACUUGCCCCGUGGCCCACCCAUCCCAGGCCCUCACAACCCAGCCACCGAAAGCCAAACACCACCCGAUCCAGCAAGGGCUCCUUCCGAGUCACUACAAAGACACCCACAAGAACAGCAGGCCUAUGAUGACCCCACCCCAGCCUCAUGCUCCACCGUUGAACCCCAUCAUGGCCCAGGUUGUUUCCUCGGUGCCUCGUUGUGCCAGUCCACCUGCCCCAACGUUGCCCACCACAAUGCUGCUGCCUCUCGCCCACAGCCACACACAGUACAGUGAAGAACCAGAGAGGAAAGAAAGGGAAUACAGUGAUGAUUAUGAUGAUGAUGACGAUGAGGAGGAGGAAGAGAGUCGAAGAAAGGGAUUGGUGAAGGAGUUUGAGCUGACAGUGGUUCUGACCAAGUCCAGGAGUGGAAGCUUUGGGUUUACCAUCACUCGAAGCAAGCUAGACAACUGCUACUACAUACAAGACAUACUGGACAACCCAGCCAAGUCCGAUGGACGUCUCAGGGCAGGAGACAGGCUCGUCACAGUAAAUGGGCACGAUGUUACCAGUGUGGCGGAUGAUGUUGCCAUGACGAUUCUCAGGUCAUCUCCGAGAAAACUGAGUAUGACUUUGGGGAGGUCCGUCACUAACUUGGUGGCCCCGCCUUCCUGUGACAGCCUACCUGAUAUAGUUCUCCACAAGACACCCUCGGGACAGCUUGGUAUAAAGCUGACGGGAGGUAUUGGCAGCAGGUGGCAGGGGAUCUACUGUCUGCAGGUGGUGCCAGGAUCCCCAGCCAGCGAGGAGGGCAGCGUCCAACCCAAUGACAAAAUCCUCUACAUCUGUGGUAGAUGCACCCUGGGAAUGACCCUGGAAGACGCAGUCAAAGCCUGUGAGAUCGCCCCUCGAAAAGUCAAACUUAAAAUCAUCAGAGAAGAGCAGCCAGUGAACCCCAAGGCAAAGUGGAACGGUCUGUUUGAUUGGAAAAAGGACAGGAAGUUCUUUGCGUUUGAAGAGCCGGUCUCUCCAGAUACGGACUCUCCUACCGAAGAUUUUGAAGAUGUGUGUAGGACUGCAGAAAAAUUUAGCUGUCCAUCCCUCACAAAAGAACACAAUAGUUGCGUCAUGCAAGUGGAGUUUACAAAACCAGAAGGAGGAGGGCUUGGCUUUGCUUUGAUCGGGGGAACAAACGGCAGCUUGCUUAGAGUGAAGGAAAUCUGCUCCGGUGGGGUCGCCGAGCAGGAUGGUCGGCUGAAAGUGGGAGAUAUUGUAUUAGAGGUAAACGGAGUGAUUGUGUCGGGACUGAGCCACAGUAAGGUGGUGGAUAUCCUACGUAAAGCUGAGGGCACUGUGCAGCUCACCAUCAGCAGAGACACUCUGCCCCUGACAUACUCUGAGUCGCCCACACCGCCCAACACGUCCACUCAGACCGCAGCUAUUUCAGCUGAGCAGCCGGCUCCGGUGUCCGACCCUGAUAACUGUCCCUUUCCUGACGCCGUGCUGAAUAAGCCAGUUGAGCGCCCCCAUGAGCCGACUUCAGACACUGUGGUCAGUGACGCUGGAGCGUACAUUACCUCAUCACCUCCUCCACCACGUCGAUUGACUAUCGUCACCGACGAUACUGCAAUUACACAGGAGAGCAGUGACAGCACCCCUUCUCACCAAGCCUGCUGCCCAUCCCUAAAUGUCACUGACAUGUUGCAUGGAGCUUCUCACAGGAAACGAAUAGUGACUAAACUUUUGGACCAGUCCUGCAAAGACAUCCGGAAAACACAGUCAGAUGGCUGGAGCAGCGAAGAAGAGGAAGAUGAUGUUUUUGACGCCACUGGUCAGGAAAUGACAUCCCAAACAGGCCCACCCAUAGUAUCAGAGGAGGAACUUUCCACUUUAGCGUUCAUUAGCCCAGCGAAGACCAGCCAAUAUUCAGGCUCCAGGGUCAAAGCUCUCAUCCGGAUUCUGCAACACCAACUGGACCAGCAAGAACUGGUCAAAGAGUUCACGGCUCUGGAGCAUCUGAAACCCACCGACAACUGUCUGGUGGGAAAAGCCCCUGAAAACAGAAAUAAGAACCGCUACAGAGACAUCCUACCCUAUGACGAAACUCGUGUUGCCCUUGGAGACAACCAGGACUACAUCAACGGCAGCUACAUCCACAUGCAUGUAGGCGAUGAGAAGUUCCUCUACAUCUCCUGCCAGGGCCCUCUGCCUUCCACAGGGCCGGCCUUCUGGCAGAUGAUCUGGGAAAACAAAUCGGAUGUUAUUGCCAUGAUGACCCAGGAAGUAGAACGGGGAAGGAUCAAAUGUCACAAGUACUGGCCAGAGCAGCUCGGCGUUCCUCUGGACGUCGGCAGGUACCAGCUUCAUCUGGACAACCAACAGUUCCUGGAGUACUUCCACAUCAAGGUCAUACGCAUGGUGGAGAUAGAAACCAGUGAAACACAUUUUCUCCGUCACCUGAAGUUCACACACUGGCCUGAUCACGGAGUGCCGAAAAGCUCCGAACAGCUUGUUCGCUUCAUACGCUACCUGAGGGCCGUGCACCACAAGGGACCAGUCACUGUGCACUGCAGUGCCGGAAUCGGACGCACAGGAGUCCUCAUCUGCACCGACGUUAUCCUCAGCCUCAUUGAGAAGGAUUUGCCUAUCAAUGUGAGUGACGUCGUAAAAGAGAUGAGACUUCAGCGGCACGGGAUGAUUCAAACCAAGGAACAGUACUUAUUCUGCUACAAAGUCUGGUUGGAGGUUUUACAGGGCAUUUUAGAGCUUCACGGCAACCAAUGGCAACCGGAAAGUCCCCAAGACCACAAAUUAGUUUGACUGUUCCCACCUCCACCUCCACUCCCUGAAAAGCACAGACUAUGAUUGAGAAACCAUUCACAGUCUAUCAAGCAUAGACAGCUGGCAUUUCUCUUUGGCUGUAUUUCUUUGGUGUUUAGUGACCUAUAAUAAGAAAAGUGUACUUUUCUCUCUUUUGAUACUUUGUGUUAAGGAGGCCUAUGUUUAGUUACAAUGACUUUAACUAUAAUAUUUUUGUUCUUGUAUGUGCUCCCGGUGCUGUGAUUAUGUCAAUUUAAUUUAGAUCACUGAGGUUGUUUUGCCUUUUCAGGCUUAGUGAUUUGCCUUCCGUCUCUAGCAUCUUUUUAAAAUUUGUGUCACAAUUUGAAUGUAUCUCAUUUUUGUUUCUCCGUGUCCUUUUAUUUGCAAAUUGCAUUCAAUUUUAAUAGUCAUAUUGCAUGGAAUGUAAACACUGGUAAUCCCAUCUUUUACCUGGCAGUAGUGUAAGAUCAUCAAACCAAAGGGAGUAUCUGUUUGUAACCUCAACGAGUAGCAUUUGAUUAGGCAUUGUGUUAUUAUUUCAUUAAGUGCAUUUGUACCCUGAAGAAAAGGACAUAAGCAAAAUAACACUAUUCAUUUUUCUGUCCGUAAUCUACAUAAAUUAAAAGAAUCAAGUGCCUUGGAA